CAAACAGACCGGGGCUCGAGUGCCGAUCAUAUAACACCGCUGGUUCGGGAGAAGAUGUAACGGGAAUUUGGGAACUCGGACCUUUUCUAUCACACAAUGCAGCCAGCACGAUCCCAACAGAGAGCCCCGGGGAGCUUCUCUCCUCUUCCUGGUACCGUUUCUUCGGCUUCUACCGCAGCAGCUGCCGCCGCUUCCUCCUCGACAUCCUCCUUGAGACCUCAAAUCCGUAGGAUAGAUACGUCGUCGAAUGACGAUCCUGUUUCCGUUCCCAAGACGAGAGGCCCUCAGAGCCCCGUUGUCAGUCCUUCUUAUGGUACCAGUCCGCAUAACUUCUCCCGUCCCACUCGACCCAGCAUCGAGCUUCCGCAAUCUAGAACCGCUUCGCCCUUGACCUUACCUCCCGCUCGCCCCGGCCACGUAAGGAAGCACUCGCAAACCCAAGGUCAUUUCGAACCCACCUUACCUUCUACGAGCAUAUCCAAUCUUUCCCAAGUCGCCAUGUCUCAGACUCAGACACCAGCUCCGAGCCAGCCUACUGGCGCGACCCUUUCAGCUAGUCAAAUAGCCGCCCAGGCUGCCGUAAUGCAACAUCAACAACACAGCCGCCACCGGUCGCAAACUGUCCCUUUCCCCGGCAGCGAUGCUCACGAUUCCCUAAAAAGAACGGGUCCGAAGCCAGUGACUGGUCACCGCAGCCCGCCCAUGCUAAGUCUAACCGAGGCAAGCGGCCCUCGGGAUAACGGCUUCAGCACUCAAGGAUACCAUAACGGCCUUCUGGGGAGCCAUGCCGCUGCCGCUGCCGCUGCAAAUGUCGUAUUUCCAAGGUCACCUCAAACCUCGCCCGGCCUACCACCGCCGGAGCAAUCCUUGGCCACACCCACGGCCCCGGUUUCUUCGGAUAAACCUGCCAAAGCUGAGAAGUCCAAAGUCAAGCUGUUCUCCAGACCUAAAAAGAUUGACACCAAGGGGGAGGCGAAAGAGCGGCCAAUGCCGAGUCCCGGAAAGAUUGGCUCUGCUCUGGCUUCGCUACAACGUGCCAAUUUUAGUACAACCAGUUUGGUGGAUUCGCAAUCGUUCUAUAACCUGGGUAACUCGUCUGCCGCCACCAUCCGACCAGCUGAUCCAUCCGUAGAGAAGGAAGGCAAAGAGAAAGAUAAGGAGAGAAAACAUCACUUCCUAUCGCGGCAGAAGCAUAAGCUGAGCAGUAAAGACGACUAUCAUCUCCCACUCUCUUCUGCUGCUAGCAACUCCCGACCCGUCGAUCCUAGCGCGCCCUCAAGCCUGUAUAAUUUUAACCUACCUCCUAGUCCGGGUCCAAACAACAACAUUGGUAAAAGCGUUAGCGGGUUAGAUUUGCGACACGGAGGGCGUGCUCUUCGCGAGAAGCGAAGAGACGAUAACGAAUCAUCCUAUGGUGUAGGUCCGGAAUGGCCUGGGCCCAGUAGUUUCGGAUCCGCUGCAGCAACAGCUACCUCUUACCUUUCCGAACCUAUUGAUUCCCUUAAAUACGGACUUCACAACAUGUCUCUGGAUGACGCCUGGCCGUACCUAAGGGCUAAAUUACUAGUCAUUUUCGAAGGCGAAGAUUUACGAUUGCCCGUGGAAGAUUUCAACCGGGUCGUAACCAUGCACAUACAAUACUGCAUACAGCGUCGUUCAGCUCACAUAAUUAUUGACGACCUACGGGAUCUCCUUUCGACGGGGUUUGCCUCGCUUGAUCACACUCUUCGCACGACCUCUGAGGAUAGGCUAAUCCCCUCCCUAGUAGAGCUAUGGAUAUUCACAUUCACAAGUAUCCUACCUUACAUGCAGGCCACUUUCCUCCCAUUAGACCUGGAGUUUUCUGGCUGCGGAUCCUUAUUGACCCCCGAGCAGGCGCGCGACUUCUGGGGCGGAGUAGUCGCUAAGUCGGCCCCAAAUGCCCAGUCAGGCGCAUCAGAUGCAGAGCCUCAUUUGUUGCCAGCGUCAAGCGUUCUUGAUGUUCGAAGGCUUGUGCUGAUCUCAUACCGAGAUUCCAUGAUUCUCCCCCGAUACGAGAAACUCAAGACUAUAUUCUCCCGGCUUUCUCUCGAGCAUUUGCCAUCUUCGCUCGCCUCUCUCGCGUUAGCCUCGCCGCCUCUCUUAAAUGAUAGCGUUGCAUCCCUAUCUACUUCACCAAACGAUCCGCUAUCCGCCCGCCCUGGGACAGCCAUGUCACUAGAUCCAAGCAUCGCAAGCUAUAAUUCGACGUCGACGACAGUAUUCGGCAACGACUCGAAUCCGUCUCGGAGCCGUGCUAUCAGUAACGUAUCGUUUGGUAGUGGCGUGUCAGACGCAGCAUCUACUGGUACCGGGAGUUUUUUCAGGUCUUUCACACCGCAGACAAGAGACGGUGGCAGAGAAGUCCUAGGAAGUGUACGGGAGCAGAACGUUGAGGACAGCAAGCAGGUUACGGAAAUGGUAGGUCGCAUGCUUCAAUGCAUGAGCGUGUUGGCAAGUGUCGAAACGGGCGUCAACCCAGCCGAGACGGAUGAAGCCAGUAAGAUGGUAUCAGAGCUAGGUCGAUUGCUCAAAUUAAAUUGGCUAGGCAGGGGUCGGACUGGUAGGAACCGAAGAGGUAUGGUUGGGGGAAGAGUUAAGAGGCAGGAGAAUAAUAACUCUAUCAACUACGGUGUCCUAAGGGAAGGCAUACGCGAGGGUGUUGUGAUUUAAAUUUGGAUCUGUACGACAUGUACAUUAAGAUAUCACGAGCGAAAACAUGGCGUCUGGGCACAUAGGAUUGGUUUAAGCUGCAGGCUGCAUCGUCAGGAACAGGUUGCGAGAAACGCUUUAAACGAAAACGGUUUAUUGAUUAUGGACAUUUAAUGUCUAACAAAUUAGACUUAAAAAAAGCCCAUGAAGAAUCAGCAUACAUGUAGAGGAUACAUGUACGGAGAGUUAAAAAAAAAAAAGUUAACAAAUGCCUAGGACUUCGUUAGCGAGCGAUCCUAGAUACGGUAAAUGCUUGCUCAAUGAGAAAAUUAUAAGUGUUGUUCAGACAUCCAAGGAAGGAUUAUACCCUCAUCUGCUC